GACAGGAGUGUCUAACGAGAAAGAAAAUCAAGGAAAACGCGUGCAGUGUACGGAAAAUUCCUCCAGGAUUGUAACUUACUUCAGUAGCCACUGGAAGUCUAAACAAUCACAUGAGAGCUCCGCUUGACCAAACUGUAGCCCGUCAGCUCCUGUACCCUGGCAAAAUUGCGGAGCUGGUGUCAAUGAAUGCUCUGCCCUGCCAUGAUGACAGAUCAGCCCCCCCCACCUCUGGAGGUCACGCCCAUGCUGGCUGAGGUGUCGCUCGUCCCGCACAUGCUCGGUGGAGACGGCAUGCAACAGAUGAUCUUGGUGCAGGUAAACCCAGGGGAGACCUUCACCAUCCGCACCGAAGACGGACAUGUCCGCUGCAUUGCAGGUCCAGCACACGUGCCAAUGGUCUCCCCAAAUGGCACCAUGCCCCCCAUCUUCGUUCCCCCUGGAUAUAUUUCUCAGGUGGUGGAGGAGAAUGGCAUGCGGAAGGUGGUGUUCAUGCCCCACGCCGCCGAGUUCCACCCCUCCAUGCCGCUGCCACCCCCCCACAUGUCCCCGUAUCUGCCUCCCCACCCCGCCAUGCUGCAUCACCACCACAUCUACCCCAGCGAGCUGCCUCCCCAGUACAUCCCCCAGAUUCCUCCUCCGCAGGUCUACAGCGAGCAGGACGUGGUGUGUCACAGCGCGUCCGUGCCGCUGCGGGACGAGCGCGCGGCGAAGAUGCAGGAGCAGCUGCGCAGACGCCUGAAGGACCGGCAGCUGAGCGCGGGCGUCGGCGGCGGCGUGCAGGUCAGCCACAGCCCCCCGCCGUCGCCGCAGAAAGGGGGCCCCGCCGCCCUUCACAACGGCCACAGCAAGGGCCCCGCGGCCCCCGCCGCCUCCUCGGCGCCCUGCAAGCACAAACCCCCCAGCAGGACCGGAGCGUCGCCCUCGUCCUCCCCCUCGGAGAGCCCAGAUGCAGAGGCAGAAAUGAAGAAGGUCCUGGAGCUGCUGUCUAGUGUGCGCAAGCCCACGGUGUGUAGUGUUACUUCUCGCUCAGCCGUCCUGUCCUGGCAGCCCCCCCUCAGCCUGCAGAACGGAGACGCUCCCCCCCAGAGCACAGCGCUGCCCCUCAGCUACGAGCUGGCCUUGUCGCACAACGGCAGCGAGGGGGACUUCAAGCCCAUAUACCUGGGGAAGGAGACCAGCUGCACAGUGCAGGACCUGCGGCCAGCCACAGACUACCACGUUAGGGUGUGUGUGUCGUGCAGCUCAGCGAAGGGAUCUCCCUCGGAGGUCACCGGCUUCACCACAGAGGGCGGCGCCCCCGACGCCCCGGCCCCGCCCCGGCUCGUUAUGCGCAGCAAGAGCUCCCUGGCCCUGCAGUGGAAGGCACCCAAUGACAACGGAUGUAAAAUUACUGGAUAUCUCCUGGAGUGUGAUGAGGGAAAACAGAGUGCCUUUAAGGAGAUUUACUGUGGACACGCAAAGCAGUACAAAGUCAUCCGUCUCACCCCUUCAACAAAAUAUGCCUUCAGAGUAGCUGCUAAGAACAACGUGGGAACGAGCGCGUUCAGCGAUGUGCUGACAUGCAGCACCGCCGGCUGCGCCCCCGCUCCCCCUCAGCCCCCCCGCCUGGCCGGGGCGGGCGUAUCCUGGCUGACCCUGGAAUGGAGCGCCCCCUGCGGGCCGGCUUCAGACAGCGCACUCACCUACACCCUGGAGAUGGAGGAGGAGGGAUCGGGCUACGGCUUCAAAGCAAAGCACAACGGCGACGAGCUGUCCUGCACUGUGAAGAAUCUUCGCAGGAGCACCUCCUACAGGUUUCGGGUGCUUGCGGCGAACGCUGAGGGCCGCAGUCAGCCCAGCGCGGCAGUGGAGUUCAGCACCUGUCCUGACAGACCUGGCGCUCCUGGAAGGCCCUCACUGAAGGGCCACGCCCAGCCAAACAGCCUGCACGUGGCCUGGGAUGCACCAAAGGAUGAUGGGGGAUCUGAGAUCACACAGUAUGCUCUAGAGAUGUGCACGAGUCAUAGUGGGAGCCAGUGGGAGACGGUCUACAGUGGGCCCUUGAGGGAACAUGUGUGUGAUCGCCUGGAGCCGGGAACGUGGUACAAACUGAGGGUGUACUGUCAGAGCAUGGGAGGCCACAGUCAGGCGUCAGACAGCCUCUCCGCACAGACAGCCCCUGUGCCGCCUGGACCGUGCCAAGAGCUGCGACUGGCGGGGAGAGCCAAGCCGCGGGAGAUACCACUGACAUGGGGACUCCCGGACCGGGAUGGCGGAGCCCCUGUCUCGCAGUACGCGGUGGAGAUGGCGGAGUCGCUGGAGGGCUCCCGCUGCCCAUUGUACCAGGGCCCGGAGACAGACUGCACCGCCAGCGACCUGCUGCCCGGCCACCGCUACUACUUCUGGGUGAAGGCAGCCAACCAGGCAGGGUGGGGCACCUUGUCAGAGGUGUGUGAGGCCUCCACAGCCCCCGGACCUCCGGAGCAGUGCCCUCCCCCCGAGCUGACGGUGAAAACGGCUACAUCAGUGCUGGUCAGCUGGGAGGUCCCAGCAUGCAAUGGGGCAGAGGUUAGCGAGUUCAGGCUGGAAUGGGGGGCAGCAGAGGGCUCUAUGAUGCUGAUCUACUGCGGUUCCUCCCCAAGUUACGAAGUACGGGGCCUGACACCGGCCACAGCCUACUACUGCAGGGUUCAGGCAGUGAAUGUUGCAGGGGCUGGAGUCUUUGGGGAAGUUGCCAUGGUGACGACUCCUCCUUCAGUGCCUGCCGCAGUACGAUCAGUAGAGGAGGUAGCGGAAGAGACCCUGCCCGAAACUCUACCCGGUCCUGCCUCCUCAUGUCUGGCCUUACGGUGGGAGGAGCCCUGUUGCCAUGGUGCAGAAAUUACUGGCUACAACAUAGACUUUGGGGAGCAGCUCCCCCUAUCUGUUGGGAGGACCAACUACUGCGUGCUGGAGAACCUGCAGCCGGACACCACAUACAGGGUACGAGUGCAAGCGGUCAACAGCGUCGGGGCGGGGCCUUUCAGCGCAGCCUUGAAGGCGAAGACCCGGCCCCUACCCCCCGACCCUCCAGUCCUGGAGUGCGUCGUACCGGGCCCUCAGAGCCUGAAGCUGAAGUGGGGGGAGGGCCCCAGCCGGCCUCAGCUCAGCGGGGCCACUCAGUACUGCCUGCACAUGCAGGCUAGUGCAGACCGGUUGGUGUGCAUCUACAGUGGUCCCUGUCACACUUUCAAGGUGCAGCGUCUGAGUGAGGCCACGCUGUACCACUUCAGCAUCCAGGCGCACAACGAGGCCGGGGUGGGACCUCUGUCCCCCCUGUACAGCUUCAGCACCACCAGGUCACCCCCUCCCCAGCUCAAAGCGCCAAGGGUCGAGCUUCUGGACUGGAACCGCUACGAGGUCACAUGGGAGGCCCUGCAGCCAAUGAGAGGAGACCCCAUCGUGUACACACUGCAGCUGCUGAGGGGGCGGGAGGCGGAGCAGCUCUACAGGGGCGCGGAGGCCUCCUUCGUGUGGCAGGGCACGGUGCCGGCGGGCGAGUGGCGGGUGCGCGUGUCGGCGGGGCGGCAGUGCCAGGACGGCGGCGAGCUGUGGGGGCAGCACAGCCCCAGCGCCGCCCUCCCCCCGACGGAGCCCCCGGGCGCCGCUCAGGUGGAGUCCAGGGCCGCGCCCGGAAACGGGGCCCACCCCAGGAAGGGCCGGAGCCUCACGGACGAACAGUUUGCCCUGCUGCUGCUCCUCGGCUUCGCCACGGUGGCCAUCCUCUUCGCCGUCAUCAUCCAGUACUUUGUCAUCAAGUAGGUCUCGCCCAGCCCCGGGAGGGGCCAACAGUGGGGGACAGCUGAGCAGAAUUCCCGUUAUAAAGCCCCGCCCCAUCACACACAAUG